AUGGACCGGGGAAGCAACAAUGUAUCGAAUAUUGAUGUCGAUCUAGCUCAACGUGCGAUGCAUUCCCAAUUUGGUGAUCCAAAUGCCUGGAGCAUGGAACAACUGCACGGCCUGGGCUGGCUUCCUGGGGGUGGUCUCACAUCCUUUCCUUUGAUGCGAGAUGAUGAGGUUCCACUGCAAAACGCACCGUACAGCACCUGGGCUGUAGCACCUUACAACCGUAUCAACGCCUCCCUUAUGGAUAGAAUUACCGGUGCUUUCUUCAAAGAGGGUCUCGCAAUUGUGGCAUUUCCAGCUCGGUUGCAGUCGCUGAAAGCCAAGCUUUGGAAUGGGAUGGUGCCGAUGACGGGCGGACGCUGGAAGGAGAAGAAGCUAGAUGAUCCGAAGAAUUUCCAACAAUUCCAGGAUCUGAUGGUUGAGAUCUUAAAAAUAUUUGCGUUCAUGAAUGACGAGAAUGUUCAACAACAGUUGAGACAGGGGUACAAUUGGCUGUGGAAGGAAUAUGAGACGUAUGAAGUUGCGAUUAAUGCAAGACGCGAGCAGAUGGGCAUUGCGGAACGGAUGAAUAUCACGGGGAUGUGGGAAGAGUAUAUGCGGGCGAUCUUUAAGACGAUUUCCGGGAGGACUCAUCAAUGGCUAGUAGAUCGCGUGGAGGAGCUUCAGGUGAAGAGCAAGAUCGAGUAUGAGAAAGAAUACGAUGCCGCUCGGAUCGAUACUCCUUCCAUUACCGCCGCAGGAAAGAUAUUCUUCGAGCGCGUACAGGAUCUUAAUCUCGCGAUCACUCAAGCCGAUUUCGUAUGCUUUCUACCAAUGGAGGGAUUCAAGGGACACGAUACCUCCAGGACCGGUAUCGAGGACCUCUCAUUGGAGGUGCGACAGAACAUAUACUAUCAGCUAGCUGAUACAAAAUCCUGGGAUAACCACAUACCGUUCAGUGAUCACGAAAAUCGCAACGCAGGUCUUCAGAACCGCGAGGCUUUAAUGGCCUACUUUGACGAAGCCAGGAACAACCGCGCGGUGAUUCGAAGGGAAUUCCGCGGCGAGCCGGAGAAGCUGGGUGAUGAGCAUUGGAUAACAAUACUCAAGUCUAGGAUCGACUGGUAUCUGAAACACGGUGGCGAUCCAGAGAAACAAACUUGGGGCUUUGUGUGCUAUCGGUUGACGUACAAACAGACAGACGAAGAAUGGGCACAGUUCAAAGAAAAACUUGAAGCAGAUCUCAUGAGGGCUGGAGAUUGGGUCGAGGGUGCUGACAAGGUAAAAGCAACGGGUGGACUGCAGUGGAUCGAUGGCAGGGAUGUGGGAAUCGCGGAGGAGGACAUAGAAGGCGCGAAGCGCCAUUUCGCAACGUUCGCAACACCAUCUCACCCGGAUUUCAUGCGCCGCAUGUGGAAACAGGACUUUCUCGUCGUCGACUCACAGAGCUGCAUCAGCUAUUCCCACCCGUUCCCCGAAAGCAGACCCCCGUUCGGGGAUUCCGGCGGCCACAUCCGACUCGUCGACCCUGCCGUCUACGACCCUGAACUCAUUCGGCAAACCGCCCCUGGCUUCACGGGCAACUUCAAGGUUCUCACAACCCUGGUGUUCGAUGAGAUUUAUCCGCUACUAUCGACACUAGCUCAGAGACCAAAGGACCUUUGGCCCUUGGCGAGGCUGCAUCCACUUCAGAUAUAUGUCGGGCCAACAGUGAAGGCGCAGGAGGAGGAGUGGGAGUUCCAUAGAAGUAUGAAGGCGGAUAUGCUGCCAGCGUUCUUUGAAUAUGUGCGGAACAAGCAACGGCAAGGUGGGAACGGGAGCGGGAAUGGUGGGACGAGUUCCAGUUCUUAG